AUGGGCGGUACUACGCGCCGUACGCUCGGGCCUGCGGUACGCGCCAGCGUACGGCGCGUAGCGUUCCGCGCGCGCCUCAAAGAGCCAAUAGACCACCACAGACGGGGCCCCGGGUUCAGCCGGGGUUGCGGGGUAAGCGCAAUGAGGCACCGCGACCUCAGCCCAGAGCAGGAGAAGGAACAGGGGGACUUACUAACAAAAAGUCGCCCCGUACCUUCUUCUGCCUUGAAACUGGGCCUCGGCGUGUCGGGCGGCGAGCUGCCCUUACUCGCCGACCCGCGUUUACGGUUUGCGCCAACCCGAGCGCCAGCCCCAUGGGACGACGUUAAAACAGUGGACCAAAUGGGUCCAGUCUGUCCUCAAAGACUGCCAGACAUCUCCAAUGAAACGUUGGCCUUGGAGAGGAUGCCAAAAGGAAGACUGGAGUACUUAAGAAGAUUACUUCCUCGACUUAAGAAUCAGAGUGAAGACUGCUUGUAUAUGAAUAUCUACACGCCUGUGCAAGUCGGACCAACGUUACAAGCCAAGUAUCCAGUUGUGAUCUUCAUCCAUGGGGAGUCCUUCGAGUGGAACUCAGGGAACGUUUAUGACGGCUCUGUUUUAGCCAGUUACGGUGGUCUUGUCGUCAUCACCAUCAACUACAGACUUGGUAUCCUGGGUUUUCUUAAUGCGAACCCCAUACCGCACUUAAAGGCCCGAGUAGCAAACUAUGGCCUGAUGGACCAGAUAGCAGCUCUACACUGGGUACAACAGAACAUCGCCCUGUUUGGAGGUGAUGCUGGUAAUGUCACUAUGCUGGGCCAUGGAUCAGGAGCCGCGUGCAUCAAUUUCCUGAUGAUAUCUCCUACUGUUAUGCCUGGCCUAUUCCACCGUUCGAUCCUGCUGUCAGGGUCAGCACUAAGCUCGUGGGCUCUUGUUGAAGACCCAGUCAGUUUUUCCGUCCAAUUAGCGAAACAGGCUAACUGCACGCUUCCAGAAGACAUCGUUAAAGACCAUGAACUCAUAGUAGACUGCUUAAGAGAAGUUCCUUUAGACGAAUUGAUGUCUGCAGAGAUCAGUACACCAAGUUACUUGACAGCAUUUGGACCGUCAGUGGACGGUGUGGUUGUCAAAACAGAUUAUGCCAAAGAACUCCUAACAUUCUUCAUACCCAACGACCUUCAAGGUUUCUCAAGUGUAUCAGGAGUAAACAACCUCAAAGCUGAUAAAAGAAGCGGUGAAAGGAUGUUCGGGAUCAGGGGAGGGCAGAAUAAGUAUGAUCUCCUCUUCGGAGUAGUCACUAGUGAAGCGCUCUGGAAAUUUUCCGCACAGGAUAUACAAAAUGGGUUCGAAGGCGAACGAAGGGAUAGAAUAAUAAGGACUUAUGUCAGGAACGCAUACACAUAUCAUUUAAGCGAGAUAUUCUUCACAAUAGUGAAUGAGUACACGGACUGGGAGCGGACUGUGCAGCACCCAAUAAACACCCGAGACGCAGCAGUGUUGGCAUUAUCUGACGCUCAGUACGUAGCACCGCUGGUCCAGACUGGAGACUUCCUCAGUUCGCCAGACACAUCGCCGAGAACAUUCUUCUACGUAUUCGAUUACCAAACGAAGGAUGGGGAUUAUCCGCAGAGGAUGGGGUCAGUUCACGGUGAAGAGCUUCCUUACUUAUUCGGCGCACCAUUAGUGGAUGGGCUCGGCCAUUUUCCGAGAAACUACACCAAGUCUGAAGUGGCUUUGUCAGAGGCAUUCAUACUUUAUAUGGCUAAUUUUGCGAGAACCGGAAAUCCAAAUGAAGUUCAUCGGCAGGAGUCGGUUCUUCCAAUAUCAAGAGAGAGGAAUAAGUACAAGAGCAUCCUGUGGGACGAGUACGAUACGUUGUACCAGAAAUAUUUGGAAAUAGGCAUGAAACCGCGGAUGAAAAACCAUUAUAGGGCACAUCAGCUGUCCGUGUGGCUUCGGUUGAUCCCCGAAAUCCACCGCGCAGGGAUGAAAGACGUGGUUGCGAAACACAACCUUUUUAGGAACCACAACGAUCCAGAGUUAUACGACGGCCUGGUCAGGCCGGACCCGCUCACACGCGCCAACUAUUUCGACCCCACAAUGGAGCUAUACCGCAAACCGACCUACAACCUCACAUUAGACAUGCCCUCCACUACGAUGGACACUUACGUCACGACGUGCAUUAGUGUGAUGUCCGCGCGGCCAGGGUCCGCCGUCACACAGAGCCAAGUUCCAAACAAUACGCACACACAGGACGUAUCUAAUUUGGAAGUAGCCGGUUAUACCGCUUACUCCACGGCACUCAGUGUAACUAUAGCCAUUGGGUGCUCUCUUCUAAUUCUAAAUGUCCUUAUUUUCGCCGGCGUGUACUAUCAAAGAGACAAAACAAGACUACAAGUAAAAGCACUUCAGCAACAACAGAAAAGGAAUCAUAACUCAACGUUCGAUAGCGUAUCGUCGAAGCAUCCCCAUUACUUCGUCGGGCAUUCGCAGAGCUCGAGUACGAUUGUCGACAUCGAUCAUCAGGACAAAAACGCGAUAAUCGCAAUGACAAAUCGAGUUCCCCACUUCACUACAGCGAACUGCCCGAACGUUUGUCACACGGGGAUACAAAUGUCGAAUUUGUCGCAGAAAUCGAGCCCGCCAACAAAUAGGGGACAAUGUACGACUUUGCCGAGGAAAGUGGGGUUCAGUUAUCAGCAAAAUCAGAUAUGUAACGCGUCGAAUUGUAUGACGCUUCCGAAGAACGCGACUUUUAUGAGCAGUGCGGGGAAUUUGCCUGACGUACAGGCUCAGACGGGGCAGUCUCAAGGGCCUGGAAAUGGGUCUGUGCUGCCCCCUCCCUCGCCGCCGCCCUCUCAACACUUCUCGCAGUCUCGCGUCCCUCAAGCAGCAAUGUCGGAAAUGAACGUAUGA